AUGUCGUACCUCAUACAUCGAAUCCUCCUACUUUCGUCGUCGAUGACUUUGACUGUGGCAGACUUCCACCUGACCGCCUUAAAACCACACGCACCCCCCAUCCGCGCGCUCUCCGCCGCCCAGUUCGCCAAGCUCCACCUCGACCACACCCUCGCCCACCCGCCCGACCACGUCCUCUUCCCCUUCCUCCACGGCCUCGAGGGCGACAACCACGCCCAGAACCAGUUCUUUGCGUCCUCUGCCUACUCUCCCCCUUCCCCUUCUCCCACUUCUGCCAACGCUUCUCACUCCCCUAGCAAUAACCCCGCCGGCACAAGACACCCGCAUGGGCACACGCAUCACCCCCAUCCCCAUCCCCAUAGGAUCACCCCCCGCCUCCCCAAAUACCGCGGCCUCGUCUGGGUCGUGUGCGAGGACGACCUCGAGGCUGCUCGGGACACCGUGUCGCUGCGCAUACUCCGUCGUAAACCCCCCCUUUCCUCUCCUCAUGUUGUUGACGCCCUCAACCACCACGACGCCCUCGACGCCCCUCAACACGACGGCGACGGCGACGACCCCAUGGAUAGGGGCAUGCACACACCCUCGUCCUCCUCGUGCUCGACGUCCUCGUUCGACGACGACGAGUCGGAUCUUUUGGACGUUGAUGGAGAGGGGCAGGAGGAUAUGGUGGUGGUGUCCGAGGACGAGGUCCUCCUCCCCAGCCAUAGGGACACCGACGCAGACCACGAUCAAGAUGUAGUCCUAGAGGAAGACGACGACACCGACUCCGUCCUCGCCUCGCCCGUCCCGCACCCGCACCCGCACGCCCUAUCAGUCUCCAUGUCAGUCCCGAUGCAGGUCGACGACGUGCGCGUCGCCGUCGUCCUCCCUUCCUCGGUGGGCGCAGAUACGGACAACGAGGGGAUAAACGGCCACCUCAACCUCAACGGCGAUGCGAUGUCGCCACUAGGAGGAGAAGGAGGCAUGAAGGGCGUGAAGGGCGAGAUGCACUACGACGGCGCGCAUAUGCACCCUGUGUCGCAUAGGCCGGCGGUUUCUGUUAUCACUACUACCAACUCGCCAUCCGCCAACGCCAUUCACAACAACAGCGCCUCCCGUCCUUCUUCUACACAACAUGCCCAUAACCACACGCAUGGGCGCUCCUCUGGCGCACACCACGGGAAUGGACAUGGUAUCGGGCUGGGCAUCACGACGAACGGCAUCCCCCUCGCCCUCCCCUCAGAGCCGGAGGAGGAAGGCAUGAGCAGCGCGAGCAGUGCGAGCGCGAGUGGGAGUGUGGGUUCUGAUAUAUUCGAUUCGUCCUCUCCUUCCCAAUCCUCUCCUUCUUCGAUGUCGCCCAACUCGCCGAUGAGCACCGCCACACCCUCCACAGCAGUCACCACACCCGCGCUAUCCCCAACGGCCUCGGCGCUGUACGCACUCGAUGGGGAACCUGAGCUCAAACCUGAUGCAGGUGGCGCACGGACGGGUGGGACGGUCCAAGCACAGACCCAAAUCCCGAACGCCCAAACUCCAUCCCCACACGCACACGCCUCAACUCCAUCCCCACACGCACAAGGACGGACUCAAACUCCAAGUGCACACGCACGAGCUCCACAAACCAACCCUCACCCGCCCAACCGACCCCGCCGCCCCACCCCUGUUCACGUCGACCUUCCGGCCCAAAGAGUUGCUGAGACGGGUCAAGAAGGAUACGGCUGGUAG